CAGCACUAUCUCUUGCUACCAAUAUUUAAAUCCAUUAGAAACAUAGGAAACAAAACAUGCUUCUUAUACAUUCCUACCUAAGUAUAAGCAAACCAACGAAUCUAUUAGCCUCUUGUUCCUUAACCAAAUGAAGCAUUUUUCUUUCUUCUUACCUAUAUUUUGGUAUUUAUACCUUCAUCUCCUUCUUCUAGUUCUUCCUUUGAACUUAACUUGGUUUUGCCCAAACAGAACUGUAGCAAUAGCAGAGGCCUUGGCAUUAGGAAACCAAACUGAUCAUCUUGCAUUGCUCCAAUUCAAAGAAUCAAUAUCCAGUGACCCAAAUGGAGUCUUAGAUUCUUGGAAUUCUUCUAUCCACUUCUGCAACUGGCAUGGAAUCACAUGCAACCCCAUGCAUCAAAGAGUUACAAAAUUGAACUUACAAGGAUACAAGUUGCAUGGAUCCAUGUCACCUUACAUUGGCAAUCUCUCUCGUAUAAGAAACAUCAACCUUAAAAACAAUACCUUCUUUGGAAAAAUUCCACAGGAACUCGGUCGGUUGUUACAUCUGCAUCAACUUUUGCUCGACAAUAACUUGUUUUCAGGAGAAAUUCCUAUAAACUUGACAAGUUGUUCGAAUCUUAAAGUUUUGCACUUAUUUGGAAACAAUCUAACUGGCAAAAUACCAGCUGAAAUUGGUUCUCUUCAAAAACUUAUUAUAGUGAACAUUGGAAAAAACAAUUUAACAGGAGGAAUCUCGCCAUUCAUAGGUAACCUUUCUUCCUUGAUAAGUUUUGGGGUUGUUUAUAAUAAUUUAGAGGGAGAUAUUCCACGAGAAAUAUGUCGCCUAAAAAACUUGAUAAUAAUAACAGUGACUGACAACAAACUAUCAGGUACAUUUCCACCUUGUCUCUACAAUAUGUCAUCUCUUACAUUGAUCUCAACAGCAGAUAAUCACUUUAGUGGCUCUCUUCCAUCAAAUAUGUUCCAAACUCUCCCUAAUCUCCGAUCUUUUGAAAUAGGAGGGAAUAAAAUCUUAGGUUCAAUCCCAACUUCCAUUGUAAAUGCUUCUACUUUGACAUCAUUUGACAUUAGUGGAAACCAUUUUGUUGGACAAGUUCCAAGUCUAGGGAAGCUACAAGAUCUUAAUUUGCUAAAUCUUGAAAUGAACAUUCUAGGUGACAAUUCAACUAAGGAUUUAGGGUUUUUGAAAACUAUGACAAAUUGUAGUAACUUACAAGUGCUUAGUUUAGCUGCUAAUAAUUUUGGAGGUUGCCUGCCAAAUUCCGUGGGCAAUUUAUCCUUCCAACUUAGUGAACUAUACCUUGGGGGUAAUGAGAUAUCAGGAAAAAUUCCAGAAGAGUUAGGAAAUCUAGUAAACUUAACUCUCUUGAGCAUGGGACAUAACCACUUUGAAGGAAUUAUCCCGGCUAAUUUUGGAAAGUUCCAAAGCAUGCAAAGGUUAGAUUUGCGUCAAAACAAGUUAUCAGGAGAUAUACCAUAUUUCAUAGGCAACCUCAGUCAGCUGUUUGAUUUGCAUAUGGAAGAAAACAUGUUAGAAGGAAAUAUUCCUUUGAGUAUUGGGGAAUGCCAAAUGUUACAAUAUCUAAACCUUUCGCAAAACAACCUUCAAGGAGCCAUACCCUUAGAAAUUUUUAGUAUUUUUUCCUUAACAACGGGAUUGGACUUAUCACAAAAUUCAUUGAGUGGUAGUUUACCUGAUGAAGUGGGUUUGCUAAAAAAUAUUCAUAAGCUAGAUGUCUCUGAAAAUCAUCUGUCGGGUGACAUUCCAAUAACAAUUGGUGAAUGCAUAAGUUUAGAAUACCUUCACUUACAGGGGAACUCUCUUCACGGAACCAUACCUUCCACUUUGGCAUCUCUCAAAGUUCUUCAAUAUUUAGACAUGUCUAGAAAUCAGUUGUCUGGAUCAAUUCCUGAAGGUCUCCAAAAUAUUGUUUUCCUAGAAUACUUCAAUGCAUCUUUCAACAUGUUGGAAGGUGAGGUUCCAAUCAAUGGUGUCUUUAAAAAUGCAAGCGGUUUAUCAGUGACUGGAAACAACAAGCUCUGUGGAGGAAUUUUAGAGCUGCAUCUAUCUCCGUGCCCUGUCAACUUUAUAAAACCUACACAACACCACAAUUUUAGGUUGAUAGCAGUAUUAAUUAGUGUGAUUUCUUUCCUUCUUAUACUGAUGUUUAUUCUAAUCAUGUACUGUGUGAGGAAAAGGAAUAGGAAAUCAUCUUCUGAUACAGGAACGACUGACCACCUAACUAAGGUUUCAUACCAAGAACUACAUCAUGGAACUGAUGAGUUCUCAGAUAGAAAUUUGAUUGGAUCAGGAAGUUUUGGUACCGUAUACAAAGGAAAUAUUGUAUCACAAGAUAAAGUUGUUGCUAUAAAGGUUCUGAACCUCAAAAAGAAGGGAGCUCAUAAGAGUUUUAUUGCUGAAUGUAAUGCACUCAAAAAUAUUAGACAUCGAAAUUUGGUCAAGGUUAUAACAUGUUGUUCUAGUAUUGAUUAUAAAGGUGGAGAAUUUAAAGCUUUAGUUUUUGAUUACAUGAAAAAUGGAAGCUUAGAACAAUGGCUUUAUCCCUGGACAGUGGAUUCAGAGUAUCCUAGAACAUUGAACCUUGUUCAAAGACUAAAUAUCUCCAUUGAUAUUGCUUCUGCAUUACAUUAUCUUCAUUGUGAAUGUGAGCAAGUGGUCAUUCAUUGUGAUAUCAAGCCAAGCAACAUCCUUCUCGAUGAUAACAUGGUUGCUCACGUGAGUGAUUUUGGCAUAGCAAGACUUAUCUCAGCCAUUGACGGUACCUCUCAUAAGGAAACUAGUACAACUACAAUAUCAGGGACCAUUGGCUAUGCUCCCCCAGAGUAUGGAAUGGGUUCUGAAGCAUCAACAUAUGGUGACAUGUAUAGCUUUGGGAUGCUCGUGUUGGAAAUGAUUACUGGAAGAAGACCUACAGAUGAAAGAUUUGAGGAUGGUCAAAAUCUACGUACGUUUGCUGAAAGUUCAUUAGCUGAUAAUCUUUCACAGAUUUUGAACCAACAUUUUGUACCAAGAGAUGAAGAAGCAGCAAUAGAAGAUGGAAAUAGUGAGAAUCUUAUUCCAGCUGUAAAGAAUUGCUUAGUUUCAGUUUUAAGGAUUGGACUUGCCUGUUCAAGAGAAUCACCAAAAGAAAGAAUGAACAUAGUAGAUGUUACUAGAGAGCUAAAUUUAAUCCGAACAAUCUUUCUUGAAGGUGUUCAUGCCUCGCGAGUAAUUAAACCAGAAAUAAAUUUCCGCCAUCAUUUGGAAUAGAGACGUGUAUGCAGUAUGUUGCACUUUGUUGUGUUAUAAUAUUUCAUUUAGACGAUAGGCCGAUCUAAGUCUUCCAUGUUGGUUCGAGGGGAAGUAAGCCAUAAUUUUGAAACCUGCAAGCUCUAAGCAAGCAAAUAAGAAAUUUAGAGAUAAAGCGCAAGAUAGACAUAAAGCUUUGGAGAGCUUAGGCAAGUUUGCAUAAUUGUUCAAAAGUUUUGUUCUGGUUCAAGCCAUUUGAAUUCAUCAAUAUCCAUCCUUCUGUAACAUCUUCAUAUAUGAAUGUAAUUUUCCAAAUUUUAAUGCAAAAGCAUCAAAUGCUACAAAAGAAAUAUGUUUCCAAA